AUGAAGAUUAUCUCGUGGAACUGUCGGGGGCUUGGGAACCGACCGACAGUUCGAGCCCUGCAAGGGCUCAUUCAUGCUGAAGCUCCUGAUGUGGUUUUCGUUAUGGAAACCAAACUGAGUAAUUCUGAAAUGUUGCACCACCGGGGUAUGGGUGGCUUGUCUGGUAUUUUUCCUGUUGCUUGUGCAGGUAGGGGGAGGUCGAGGUCGGGUGGCCUAGGCCUUCUUUGGAGGGACAAAGUGAAGCUGGGUGUAGUCCAUGCUUCACUCAACCAUAUUUUAUUCACUAUAUCUCAUCCUGUUAAUUCUGAUGUAAUGCAGAUCUUGGCCAUCUAUAGCUUCCCGGAAGAGCGACAUAAGGCUAGGACUUGGGAUUUAAUUCUACGUUCUAAGCCCACUCAUCCUAUACCUUGGCUCUGUAUUGGUGACUUUAAUGAUAUACUUUCCCCAGCUGAUAAGCUUGGUGGUGAUAUUCCCGACAUGGGACGUUUGCAGAUUGCAAACCAUACUUGUAAUGGAUGUGACUUUCAUGAUGUUGGUUUCUCUGGAUAUAGGUUUACGUGGUCUAAUAACAGGGACGACCCUCGUUCAAUUGAGCUUGGAGUUGUAUGUGGCCUGUUACCAAGGGGUCAUAGAGAAUUGAAAAGGGCCAAGCUUUUCAGGUUUGAAGAGCUUUGGCUCCAGAGUGGUGAUGAAUGCACCGAAGUUGUGGCAGAGUCUUGGACCAAAACGUGGUCUGAAGGUGACCUAAAUGGUAAAUUUGAGGCUGUUAGCAGUGCUCUUGGUAGUUGGGGAAAGCAAAAGUUUGGUGACAUGUCGAAAAAGAUCUCAGAUCUAAAGGUUCGUCUUCAACAACUUCAGAGGAGUGCUAAAACAGAGGCAGUUUUGAGAGAAAUGCGAGAAGUUGAGCGAGAGCUCGAUGUUCUGUUGGAAAGAGAAGAAAUUUGGUGGUGUCAAAGGUCGAGGGCAUCUUGGUUAAAACAUGGGGACCGUAACACCAGGUUCUUUCAUCAGAAAGCUAACCAGAGGAGGAGAAGAAACCUUAUUGAGGUUAUCACUGAUAAUGAAGGCCGGGAAGUGGAGGAUGAUGUGCAUAUCUCUCAGGUUCUUAUGAGUUACUUUCAGGGGCUUUUUACUUCCUCAGACCCUUCGGGUAUUGAUGAGGUAACCUCUUUGGUUGCUGGGAGAAUCACUUCGAGCCAUAUUGCCAUUAUUGGUCCACCUUUCACCAGAGAGGAGGUGGAAGAGGCUGUUUUCCAGAUGCACCUGACUAAAGCCCCAGGUAUGGAUGGUUUUCCAGCUUUAUUUUACCAAAAAUACUGGCAUAUUGUUGGGGAUGAUGUGUCCCGUUAUUGUUUAAGCGUUCUAAAUGACUUGGAACUUCCUGCUGCUUUGAAUAAAACUUUGUUGGUCUUGAUCCCAAAAAUCAAGGAGCCUUUGCAUGCUACGCAAUGCAGGCCUAUAAGCCUCUGCAAUGUCAUUUUUAAAAUUAUUACCAAAACUAUUGCUAACCGUUUGAAACUGAUUUUGCCUGAUUUGAUUAGUAACACUCAAAGUGCUUUUGUGCCGGGUCGUCUGAUCACGGAUAAUGCGUUGAUUGCGUACGAGUGUUUUCAUUAUAUGAAGAAGAAAAUUUCUGGCCGGAAUGGCAUGAUGGCCUUGAAACUCGAUAUGUCCAAAGCAUAUGACAGAGUUGAAUGGUCUUUUUUACAGGCUGUAUUGGCAAAAAUGGGAUUCCCCGUUCAUUGGGUGAAACUCAUAAUGAAUUGUGUGUCCACCGUGGAAUUUUCUAUUAUGCUUAAUGGUAACCCCCAACCUGUGUUUUCCCCUCUGAGAGGUUUAAGGCAGGGUGACCCGUUGUCCCCAUAUCUGUUUAUCAUUUGUGGGGAGGUGUCCUCUGCUCUUAUUCAAAGGUCUAUUGCUUCUGCCUCCUUACAUGGUAUUAAAAUUGCGCAUAAUACACCUGUGGUUUCUCAUUUGUUGUUUGCAGAUGAUAGUAUCAUUUUUGCUCGAGCUAAUGAUCAGGAGGCUGAGACGGUGAAAACUAUCCUAGCCACCUAUGAGCGAGCGUCUGGACAGAUGAUUAAUUUGGACAAGUCAAUGCUUUCAGUUAGCCGUAAUGUGCCUCAGAACCGCUUUUAUGAGCUUAAACAGCUUUUGGAUGUUAAGGCCGUGGAAAGUUUUGAUAGAUAUUUGGGCCUACCUACUAUCAUUGGUAAGUCUAAGUCUCAAAUUUUUCAAUUUGUUAAGGAUCGGGUAUGGAAAAAGCUUAAGGGUUGGAAAGAGGGAUCUCUUUCGAGGUCAGGGAGGGAGGUUUUAAUUAAAUCUGUAGCUCAGUCUAUCCCUUCUUAUGUUAUGUCUUGCUUUAUGCUUCCUAAUGGUCUUUGUGCAGAGAUUGAGAGUAUGAUUUCCAGGUUCUUUUGGGGAGGAAAUGUCUCAAACAGAGGCCUACACUGGACUAGUUGGAACAAAUUAUGUCGUUCUAAAUGCGAUGGCGGGCUUGGCUUUCGUGAUCUCCAUGCUUUCAAUACAGCAUUGGUAGCUAAGAAUUGGUGGCGAAUUUACUCUCAUCCGGAGUCUUUGUUUGCUCAAAUUUUCAAGGGAGUGUACUUCCCCAAGGGGUCUCUGGUCAAGGCCAAGAAAGGUUGGCGUCCAAGCUAUGCUUGGUCGAGUAUAUGGAGCACUAAGUGGGUUUUCGAACGAGGUGGACGAUGGAAGAUUGGAGAUGGUCGUCAGGUAGAUGUGAGACGGGACAAUUGGUUGCCGCAUGGGUCUCCUAUCAUUUAUAGUGAGGAUCUUUUGGUUGAAUUGAAUAUUAAUAAUGUUUCUGAUUUGCUGUUGAGUCAGGGUAGAAUGUGGAAUAGAGAGCUUGUUGAGCAUGUUUUUUGCCCUAACACUGCUUUACAGAUUCUCUCCCUCCCGCUGUCUGUGCACGGCGGUGUAGCAGAUUCCCUUUUUUGGCCAGGUUCUAUUGAUGGUGUUUACUCCUCAAAGCUUGGGUACUCUUUCAUUAGGGACCAUGAUGCAAGGUCUCAGACAUCUGCUUCUUUGGCGGUCUCUCCUUUGCCUGCCAAUCUUUGGAAAAAAUUUUGGAAAUCUAAUGCAAUACCAAGGUGCAAAGAGCUAGCUUGGCGUGCUUGUUGUUCCCUCCUUCCGGUCCGUGAUUCGUUAUGGCGUAGAGGUGUGGAGGUUGAUCCCACUUGCCCUUUGUGUGGUGAGGAGAAUGAAACUGUGAGUCACCUUUGGCUCAAUUGCCCUGUGUCUAAAUGUUUCUGGUUUGCUUAUUCUCUUGGCCUUCGUUUGGAUUCUUUUUCAUCUUUACCUGAGUUUCUUUUACAGUUUUUAGCUGAUGCUGAUGAUGGGGCCAUUUCUCGGUGGCAGUCGGCUUCCUACGCCCUGUGGGAAGCUCGUAACAGAGUUAUCUUUCAGGACAGACCGUUCUCGUGUGAUGUUGUGCUCCAGCGGGCGUUUCGACUUGAGUUGGUGGAUGAUCCGCCGUCGACUCCCUUUCAUCCAGCGAUGGAGCAGGCCGUGAGUUGGUGUCGACCUCCCCAGGGGCUCUUCAAGGUUAAUGUUGACGGUUCUUGGAGAUCAGAUUCAACGUCGGGUUUGGGCAUGGCUGCUAGAAACCAUGAGGGCUUGAUUCUUGCAGCAGCAGCAGAUGUGGUGGAGAGGACGUCAUCAGCGUUGGAGACGGAGGCUUUAGCGCUUCGUUGGUCCAUUGGUUUAGCUAUCUCUCUUGGCUUCCGACGAGUUUGUUUGGAGACGGAUUGUCUCAAACUGUUCCAGCUGUGGAAAAAACCUCCAGAUGGGAGGAAUUAUUUAGCUACUAUUCUUAACGAUUGUUUCCAGUUUUGUCGCGCUUUCGAUUUUAUUUCCAUUUCUUUUGUUCGCCGCCCUGGCAAAACUGUGGCUGACUAUUUGGCUAGGCAUGCUUCCUCUUUCGCCGGUUGUGUCUGGAUUGAGGAAGUCCCUCAUGAGGUUGAGACUUUUGUAACCGCAGACAUUUUGGCUUCUAUGCCCCCGUUUAAUAUAUUGCAGGAACUGUUCAAAAAAAAAAAAAAACUUUUGUAA